AUGCCGGACGGAGACAGACGAAAACCUCCGGGGGGAUCAGGCCUUCGCGACAUCAUGACCAGGGGCACCGUGCCCACUCAGGCACCUCUAGCAACCAGAUCUUAGAACUGAGGCAGAGAGACAAGAUAGAUGUACCAGUUGUUGUUGUUUUGUUGUUUCUAGUCCACAAAAAAUGGGGAGCCCUGUUGUCAAAACCCGGCACAUACGACGCCGAGGGAAAACAAGAACAAAAAUAGGGUACAAACCACUCGGAAAAAGAAAACAAAUCCGUGAGGUUUCAGUAUGCAGCUAUCCUCACUCAGCGCGUCCAGGUGUCCGGCAAUCUCCAAUACAAAUCACCUGUGAGGUUUCAUCUAUGUGUCUUUCCUCACUCAAAGCGUCUAUGUGUCCGGCACUCCAACAUCACUCAACCCGUGGGGUUUCAGCAUGCAGCUAUCCCCACUCAACCCGUCCAUGUGUCUGGCAAUCUCAAACCUCUCUCAACCCUUGGGGUUUCAGUAUACAGCUAUAAUCACUCAACACGUCCAUGUGUCCGGUAAUCUCCUACAUCACUCAACCUGUGAGGUUUCCGUAAGCUAUCCUCACUCCACGCAUCCAUGCGUCACGCGUCUUCGGUAGCGCAUACUAUGGGGGAUAUAUGUUGGGUGGCGUGUUUUACAGCGCUUUGCCAACAGCGCCAACCCACUGAAGUCUAGAUUGCGGGGGGUGGGGCGGCUU